CAGCCCGGACUUUUCCAAACGUUUGGAAGGAAGACUGUCUGUGAUUAUUGACAGCUGAGUGCAGUGAGAAUUCUAAUCAAAAUAUUUUGAUUUAUUUGGUCGUGAAGAAUGGGUUCCAGUUCUAAAAAACAUAAGAAAGAUCGGGACGGAGGGUCGCGUAAGCAUAAGCAUAGAUCACGUUCACGCUCCCCAGCUUAUUCGGGGGAACGAGAUGUGUAUGUGUCCGGUCGCCACAGGCAUAGGUCUCGGAGCCCCGCGUCUCCAUUGGGGCGAAGUAACGUUUAUGAAUCCGGCCGGGACCGUGAACGCGAGCGUGAGAGCCGUGAAAAACGCCAUAAGCAUCAUCAUCACAAACGACACAAGGAACGCAGAGCCAAACAUCAUUCGAGGGACAAUGGACGCGAUGAUAAUCGGACGGUGGUCAUUGACGACGAUGAUGACGACUAUCAUUCCGACAGUUCCGAUGUUAUAGAGGUGCCGAUCGCACCUCCUGCGCCAAUCAUCUCCAGACAACCACCAGAACCUGAAAGAGAACGGAUUAAAGAAAGGGAAAAAGAAAGGGAGCGUGAACGGGAACAGCGUGAACGAGAACGUGAGCGAGAUCGUGAACGAGAACGUGAGCGAGAACGUGACCGAGAACGGGAACGUGAAAAAGAACGCGAACGCGGAAAUCAACAUGAAUCACAAAAGUCACGUUCGCAUUCUCCAAUUCCUGAGAACGGGGCUGGCGAUUGUCUGUCAAUUGAAGAAACGAAUAAGCUUCGUGCGAAAUUGGGUUUGAAGCCACUAGAAGUUGAAUCGUCAACAUCAGUAUCUAAGGAUACGUCAGCAAAGAAAAAUGAGGAAGGACUCAAGUCAUUCAAGGACGAAUGGGGUGAAUUCUUGCAUAAACCUGCAACGAAUCUUAAGGAGAAACUGGAGACAGAGAAAAUGCGCGCAAAGCUGCAGGAGCGUAAAGAGAAAAGAGCGUUAGAAGACAAGCUGAAGAGGAUUCAAAGCUUGGGCGAGUCAGAUGAUGAGGUCGAUGAUGUGAAUAAGUGGGUGUCCAGGAGUAAGAAGCGAGAAGAAGAAAUUCAAGCAGCGCAGAGGAGGGCAAAACUUCUUGAAGAAAUGGAUGCAGAGUUUGGUGUGGGAAACAUUGUUGAUGAAGAAGCUCGACGAGUAAGAAACAAUGCCUAUAAGGAUCGUGAUUUGAAAGGAUUGCGUGUGGAGCACGAUAUUGAUGAAUUCACAGAAGGUCGAAGUGUGAUUCUUACACUGAAAGAUAAGGACGUGUUGGACGAAAACGACGACACUCUUGUGAAUGUCAACCUUGUGGAUGAAGAACGUUAUCGGAAGAAUGUUGAGAAUAGAAAACAGAAACCAAAUGCAUAUGGAUACGAUGUCUACGAGGAAACAGUCGAUGAGUUUGGCAAUCCCAUCGAGAGAUCCAUCCUGAAUAAAUAUGACGAUGAAAUUGAAGGAGGCAAAAAGAAAAGUUUCACAAUUGGAGAAAAUAUAGACGAGGAGCGUGCACACCAAAGAAAAUUAUUGGAGAUCAAAACGAAAUUGGCUGGAAAGCGGUUGGAAUCACUAAAUGUCGAAACACUUAAGCUUGCCUCCGAUACAUACACAGAAACAGAGAUGGAAAAAUUCAAAAAACCAAAGAAAAAAGUGAAAAAGCUUCGUCAGAAAUUAAAAGCCGAAGAUUUGUUACCACUUCCUGGUCAGGAUUCUGCAUCACAAAGCGACUUGGGUCGACGAGGUCGCAAUAGGGGUUCUGUUUUAGACACAGAUGACGUUCCCGAUAUUUCCGAAGACAUAUCCAAAGUGAAAGUUGAAGACGAAACGGAAGACGAUUUAGAACGUGUACUUUCCAAGGCUCGUAAAUUGAAACAGAAGGAGUCUAUCAUCAAAAAGUCAAUUCCCAUUGAUGUCACCCAAAUUAAAACAGAAAUCAAAGCAGAAGCUGAUUCUGAUGAAGAAAUGACCGACACGAAGGAUGGAAACAUAAUUUUGAAUGCUACGGCAGAAUUCUGCAGAACACUUGGUGACAUCCCAACUUACGGUAUGGCGGGUAACCGUGAAGAAGAUACAAAUGAUAUGAUGGAUUUCGAACAAGAAAGUAUUGAACCAGAUUUGCCCCUUGACAUCAAACCGGCUUCAAGCACAGGAACAUGGAAUUCUGUCAAUCCAGACACGGUUGUGCGUGUUUCGUCUGAAGAUAUUGCGAAUGAUAUAGCGGAAGUUGCAAUUUUGGACGAAGAACCGGAUGUAGGAGAAGGUGUGGCGGCCGCACUACGAUUAGCUAUGUCUAAAGGCUACUUGGAGAAGGAGGAUACAAAUCGACCGAGUAAUUCACGUAUGGCACAUCUACAAGCUAAGAAUUAUUCGAUAGAAGAUAAAGCGUACGGGGAGGAAGAUAAAUUUGGUCGACGUGAUCGUUACCACAGCGGACCAAUUAUGGAGUUCAGGGAGAAGGAAACGUUCAAGCCCAAUGUGAAGCUUGAGUACAUUGACGAUAAUGGUCGUGUGCUCAACGCAAAGGAAGCAUUCAGAUACCUAUCACACAAGUUCCAUGGCAAAGGUCCAGGAAAAAAUAAAAUUGAGAAGCGGUUAAAGAAAAUGGAACAAGAUGGGCUUAUGAUGAAAAUGAGUUCCACAGAUACGCCUUUGGGAACUUUGAGCAUGCUUCAACAAAAACAGAAAGAAACUCAAACACCGUAUGUGGUAUUGAGUGGCAGUAAACAGAACCAUGCGAGCACAAGUAUUUCCAAACAUAAGUAAAAAUCAUUUUAUAUUCGGAGAAGGCUUAGUUGUUAGAAAAACGAUAUACCUACCAUUACAUUGAAAUCUCCUUGCUUC